ACAGAAUUCAAUCUUCAGCACCACAACAAGUCGCCCAUUGCGGAGGGCCUGAUCGUCAUUGGCCUACCAUGCCUCCUUCAACAUGUCUGCGCAGCUUUUCGCAGCUGUCCCUUGAUACCACACCCGCUGUGCCUCGCCUGCUGCGCCCACAUGUAGCCUGCUUUUCCACAUCGUCGUUGCGAUAUGCCGCCGUGGCCAAGAAGAAGGGCAUGGCGGCUGCCCCCAAGAAGGGUGUCAAGUCCCUCAACACCAAAAAGGGCAAGAAGGCGCCUAGUGCGGGUGAUACGGGAAAGAGACCGGCCCAGGGUGAAAGAAAGGCUCAGCGAAAGCGCAUUGUGUUGAGCAACGACAAUGCUCUUGAAGUGUCUUCGCUGCAAGACCUGACCAAGAACAAUGUGCUCAGCGAUAAGAACGAGGGCAAGGUCAUGGGCCUGCCACAGGAAAAUGUCGUGGAUGCGCUGAGAGCCGUUGAGGCUUUCAAGACGUCCCAAGGAUGGAGCCUCUUCCGCCGGCCCGCCGUGUUGAUGCGAAAGGAAGCAAUUCAGCUAGCGAAGCUGUUCAAGGACGUAGAAGACUCGGCAGCCGGCCAAAAGAAGACUGUGCGGAGGAUAUUAUGCGGCGAGAGAAUGAGUGGGAACACGGAAUAUGCCCCUCUCCCCGACUCAGAACCGCUGCAAUAUACCCAGGAUACAUAUACAGCCAACCUUCUCCAGCAGAUGCUCAAAGCAAACGGUGCCUUCCUUCAAGCCACAAUUCUCAGCACAAAGCCCGACCUUCCUCUCCCGCUCGCUGCAAAGGCAACUCUGAAAGAACUAGUCGCACUUGGCGUAGCCAAUCCCGAGGUCUCAUGGCCAGUCUUCGUAGCCCUAUGGAACGAGCUUUCAUUGCCAGGGCGCCCUCCAAUCCUAUUUGCCCUCGACGGACUAUCCCACAUCAUGCGCCACUCCGAGUACAUGUCUGCCCAAGUGAAGCCCAUCCACGCGCAUGAUUUGACACUUGUGCGCCACUUCGUCGACCACCUCUCUGGGCAAAAGAAAUUCGCCAAUGGUGGAGUAGUUCUGGGCGCAACAUCACAAUCGAACUCUCCUACGUCUUCCGGUCUAGACUUUUGCAUCCAAGUAGCUCAGGCUCGCAAAGUGUCGGCCGACAAGGUCCCACAAUGGAAUCCGUACAAGAGCGUGGACGCCCGUGUCAUGGAGGCUCUCAAGGGUCUGCACGACAAUUCACCAGAGUUCAAUAUCAUCGAGGUUGGCGGGCUAAGCAAGGAGGAGGCGCGAUCGAUCAUGGAGUACUAUGCCGAGAGCGGCAUGCUGAGGCAUCGAGUCGACGAGGGCUUUGUGACAGAGAAAUGGAGCUUGGCGGGCAUGGGCAACAUUGGAGAGCUGGAGAGGGCCAGUGUGCGGAUGCGGCUGUAGUUGCUGUACUAUAGAUAUUGUAAAAUCAUCUACUAGGCCCAAUGGCAAGCGCGCGUUGACGCGUCACGUGAAUCAAUUACAGUUGUUGGGCAAGGGCCAGAGGUAUGUUUAGACCCACGGGUUUGCCUAGUGCGCCAAUCCAGGCCAUGAGGUAUGCUUCUGCCGUCGUGUCCUUGUGCAGGCUGGCUUGCAUGACCUGGGCAGUCUGGCACGGAUGGAUGAAGAAUACCGGUGUGUUAGUGAUUGGGUGUUCCUAGCAAAUGUGAGUUCUGGUUUUUGC